GGCUCUUAUCUGCUCAUGGCAUGCAUCUUCCCAAUUUUGAGUCUGACUGAUUAUCACUGUGCUCUGAUUCCACGCUAUUGCACUCACACAUUGACAGAUCUGUCCAGAUCGGCGACAGCUUCUUCUUGAAUAGUUCUAUUCUCUCCCUUUUCUCCUCUUUCUCCUCCUUCUGUUCUGCUUUUGUCGUGAUUUUGCAGCGUCGUUUAUCUCGCGUUUUGCUCGGAACUACGGCACCCCGCCACCGGUCACAUCAAGGUUUAUAUAGACGGACUUUUUGCCUGAAUAUCGACAACAAUCCUGCAGGUCGCAGCUAUUUUUUUAUCCUCGACUCUCGCUCUUCUACGCCCUUCCUCUUUUGUCUUGUGAUACCCACGACGCUUAACAUAUUGAAAUGCGUCCCCCCGAUUGAUGAACCAACCCAGUGAACUUCCUACCUUCACUUCGACGACGAACGAAGUCAUAUUUUACACCUUUUCCUCUUUCACCCUUUGCUGCCAUCUAGCGUUGAGAUUGGGGAACCGUCUAUCCCGCUGACGAAUCCCAUACCCUGCGCCAUGAAUCAGCAGACCUCGAUCAAGUCUUACGGUACAUGUGAAUCCCAACCUACAAUGGCGACAGAGGAUGAGGGCGUGGGGUUGCUAUAUGCAGAGCCCAUGGAGGCACCGCCAGCAGAUCGUGAUGGCGAUGGGACCUGUUACGAUGGCCAUGACCGAAGAGGUGGUGGGAGAUAUACUUCCUCUUCAUCGAGUUCCGUCCAAGAGGGUGUACGCAAGAUUGAGGCCAUUAGCAAGACGUGGACGCACAAGUCAUUGAUAGUUGCAUAUAUUGGAAGGCCAGACGGUUUUGUCUUUGUCAGCAUACGCCACGAGCUCCUUCAGCAAGCAUUCGUUAAUAUCAACAGUUCUGGUCGUCCAGAAUCUGUCGUGAAACCUCCGAUGGCGAAGGUCGCCGAUGUAUUUGGUCGAUUCGAGGCAUUUUGCAUAGCAGUUUCGAUUUACGUCCUUGGAUAUGCCCAGAUGGCAGCGUCAAGUAAUGUACAAACUUAUGCAUCGGCGCAGCUAUUUUACUCCGCUGGCUCGACGGGGUUGCAAAUCCUCCAACAAGUUUUCAUUGCAGAUACCAGCUCUUUACUUAACCGAGCGCUCUUCUCCAGCCUACCCGAUCUACCAUUCCUAGCUACCGUGUGGAUUGGGCCCAUGAUCGCUGCAGCCAUCCUCCGCGAAACCUCAUGGCGUUGGGGAUAUGGGAUGUGGACAAUCAUCCUGCCAGCCGCAUUUCUUCCGUUGGCCUUGUCUCUUUUCCUGAACCAGAAGAAGGCUCGGAGACUAAAUCUCCUCAAGCCCCGACCCUGGAAAGCGCACCGCUUCACCAGUAUAGUUAAAAGGACUUGGUACGACCUUGACGUAUUCGGUUUAUUGCUGCUGUCAGCGGGAGUGGCUUUGAUUUUGGUUCCCCUGACGUUGGCGGCCAAUGCGAAGAAUACGUGGAAAAACAGCAGCAUCAUCGCCAUGAUAGUCAUUGGGGGGAUUUGCCUUGUUGUUUUCCCCUUCUGGGAAACUUCGAAGCGGCUGGCUCCGCACCCUCUCCUUUCAUUACACCUCCUCAAGCAGAGAACAGCUCUUGUUGGCUGUGCCCUUGCUUUUUUUUAUUUCAUGGCAUUUUAUUGCUCGGUACAGCCCUACCUCUACUCCUACCUUCAAGUUGUCCAGGGCCAAUCUGUCACCACAGCCGGUCGAGUAACGCAAACCUUCUCUUUUACAUCAACAAUAUCCGCCGUCUCCGUCUCAUUCGUAAUAAGAGCAACCAGACGAUACCGACGUUUCGUCACCGGGGGUUGCUGCAUCUACAUAGCUGGCCUUGCCCUCAUGUUCUUCUUCAACAAAGAGGGCGCCUCCACUACAUCGACAUUUAUCAUUCAAACCGUCAUCGGACUUGGUGCUGGCCUCCUCAACGUCCCCGUCCAGCUAGGUGUACAAGCCUCUGCGAGCCAUCAAGAUGUCGCUGCGGCAACGGCCAUGUUCCUCACAUCGUUAGAAAUGGGCGGAGCGGUGGGAUCGGCCAUCUCGGGGGCUGUGUGGACUAGCUCUAUCCCGAAGAAACUGUCUUUGUACCUCCCUGCUGAGAGCCAGGGCGAUGCAAAGGAGAUUUUCGGCAAACUUACCAAGGCGCUUUCGUACCCAUUGGGCUCUGCAACGAGAAUCGCUAUCAAUCGUGCAUACGAUGAGACGUUCCGCAAACUUCUGACGAUUGCCGUCUGUUUGACUAUUCCGCUUAUUCCGCUUAGUUUGCUCAUGGUGGAUUAUAAAUUGGAUAAUAUGGAUUCCGUCGUAAAAGGCGAAGCACUCAGACAUGACGAGGAGGGAGAUAGGUUGAUCUCUCGUCCUACAGGCUCUGAAAGACCCGGCUCCAGCUCCUGUCACAGAAGCCACUUGUGA